GCCUCCGUAUAAAUUCAACCAGAUUCAUUCUGCUUUCCCAAAGCCAAUCCGCACAAUCUAGCAGUCAUGUCUGUGGAGAUUGAUCACGCCAUUGACGAUGAAGCUUCUCGCGAGCUAAUGGAUGAAAAGCCGACGGGCGAUUAUGGCUUCAGGUAUUUGAUUGUUCGCCCAGAGAAUGGUGGCAUAAGGGAUUUGCUAAGCUACACUAUCAGGGGUGACAAACAGAGUUUUGAGAAGUUUUUGGAGACCAACUACGAUGUUAAAGAGGGACCACCUGGUAGUCGUGACAUGGAUAAUGAUGAUCACAGAUGGGUUAUUAUGGUUUCCAUUGUGGUUCGCAAGAUCAUUGCUCUUUUGGCCAAGCCUAUGCAGUGGACUGGCUGCUUGGUUGACUUUCUGUUGAAUCUUCUGUUCCAGAAUGGAAACUUGCUUGGUCUACUUUACAACAUCAUCCGUGGUAAAGUGGUGGUACCGCGGAGGGACACAGACACUUUUAUCAGCACAAUUGGUCACUUAGAUGGUAGGGUUGAUCUUUACAGGGACCAAGAGUUAGCGAAAGCAAACAUUAGUGGCGGGGAUUCUAUACACAGAGAGAGCAUAUUUAAGCCAGAAAUGGGAAACAGAGCUUUAAUGGAUCUCUGCAUGAUGGCUUCCAAGCUGGCGUAUGAGAAUGCCAAAGUCAUCAAAAGUGUUGUGAACCAUCACUGGAAGAUGCACUUUGUGGAUUUCUAUGAUUGCUGGAAUGAUUUCCAAAAGGAGUUGUCCACCCAAGUGUUUAUUUUCUGUAACAACAUCGAAGAUGCAAACUUGGUAGCAGUCAGCUUUAGGGGCACUGAACCUUUCGAUGCUGAUGAUUGGAGUACUGAUUUUGAUUACUCCUGGUAUGAGAUCCCAAACUUGGGAAAAAUCCACAUGGGGUUCCUGGAAGCCUUAGGCUUAGGCAGCAGAAUCGAACCCACGAGCUUUUACAAACACAUUCAAAGGAAAAAUGAGAAGUUAAGCUGCUCAAAUGCGUCAUCAAACAAUGAAUCUGAUUCAGAUCAAGGUGGAUGGGAAUGGGAUCAUUCUUGUGAUUCUAAGACACCAUUGAAGAAAGAUGAGAGAACUGCAUAUUAUAUCGUUAGGGAGAGACUCAAAAGCUUGUUAAAUGAGCACAAGAAUGCAAAGUUUGUAGUUACUGGGCAUAGCUUGGGUGGAGCUUUAGCCAUAUUGUUUCCAACAGUGCUGAUUUUUCAUGAAGAGACGGAGAUAAUGGAAAGGCUUCUGGGAGUUUACACAUAUGGCCAACCCAGGAUUGGAAAUGAGCAACUUGGAAGGUUCAUGGAAGCUCAUCUGCAACAUCCUUUUCAAAGGUACUUCAGGAUCGUCUACUGUAAUGAUCUUGUGCCGAGGUUGCCUUAUGAUGAUAAAACCUUCUUGUACAAACAUUUUGGAGUGUGCCUUUACUAUAACAGCUUUUACAUUGAACAGAGAUUGAAUGAGGAGCCGAAUAAAAAUUUCUUUGGAAUGAGACGUUUCAUACCAAAACAUCUGAAUGCUGUAUGGGAGUUAAUGAGAAGCUUAGCAAUAGGCUACAUUUAUGGACCGGACUAUAAGGAAGGGUGGUUCCGCAUAUUUGCAAGAGUACAAGGAUUGGUUCUUCCUGGUAUUUCUGCACAUUGUCCCACAGAUUAUGUCAACUCCGUAAGACUUGGACAGGAAAGCUCCAUUCAGAUGUCUUGUUUCUAGGGACUGACUUUCCGUCCCUUGCCUUGUCUCAUGAGGAAUCCUAAACAUCACACAUGAGGGGGAAAGUAGUCUGUUGUUAGUUAUUGCUAUGUAUUUUUCAGUUUUUUGCAGUUCAGAACUGUCAGAUAUUUGUUAAUAUUGUUGUAACCGAGUUAAUUGAGCAAUGCCAUUUUAUAACGAGGGUUAUGGUCUGUUUGGUACGAUGGAAUUGGGCCACAUGAAAAUGAAAAUG